ACGAACCGCCCUCAAUUCAAGCACAGGCCCCCCGUUGAAGACGGUAAUUUCGGCCGGGACAUUAUCCGAGUUCAUUUUUAGACAUGGGACAACUGAAAUUCGUUGAUCCCUCGGCCGGCCACCCUAGAACGCGCGAUUUAGACAAGAGCACUCAUGCCUUAUCUGACCGAAUAUCCGUAGCCAAAACGUGUCCAUUUUCGCCGGAAAGACCUUUUAAAUCAUAGCGGGAUCGGCGAAAAUUAGAGGCAAACUGCCAUAUCCCGCGCCACCGAAGCGUCCCUUUCCGGACGAAGGAUCGAACUGCAGGGGACACCGUCAACGGAGCCUCUCGUCUGCACAGCUUCUUAGUUCUCAUCUGCCCAGUUAUAACGUCAGAUCGUUCAUCCUCGUCCUUUUGUGGAUUACAAGAACCAAACCUUGGGCCUCCCAAGGUGGCGCAGCCCUCCUGGAAAAUGCAGGCCUCGCGCUGCUGUUUACCGCUUGCUCUCCUCCUGUUCUCCUCCUGCUUUACAUUUUCCUCUUGUCUAUUGACCGCCGAAGCAUCCCUGAUCGCCCGCCGCCAGCUCUUGGCCCUCCGUGAGAACGCCGAGUUGCCCGACGGUUAUGAAUACCUGGUCGAGGUAAACGAGACUUUCGCCAAUUCCAGGCUCAGGCGAGCGUACAUCGCUCUCCAGGCAUGGAAGAAGGCCAUGUACUCAGACCCUCUCAACACGACUGGAAAUUGGGUAGGGCCCAGCGUUUGCGAGUACAGCGGCGUCUUCUGCUCACCGGCUCUUAACGACCCGAACCUGAGUGUUGUUGCUGGCGUUGACCUUAACCAUGCCGAUAUCGCGGGGUACCUUCCUCCGGAGCUUGGUUUGUUAGGCGACCUCGCUCUCUUCCACAUCAACUCGAACCGGUUUUGCGGGGUCAUUCCCGAGAGCUUCGAGAAGCUCACGAUCCUUCACGAGCUCGAUGUCAGCAACAACCGUUUCGUGGGGCUGUUUCCGAAAGUAGUUUUGUCCUUGCCGCAAUUGAAGUAUCUGGACAUCAGGUACAACGAUUUCGAGGGGAAAUUGCCGCCUCAGCUUUUCGAUAAGGACUUGGAUGCGAUCUUCCUGAACAACAACCGGUUCACGUCCACGAUCCCCGAGAAUUUCGGGAACUCCCCGGCCUCCGUUGUGGUUGUCGCCAACAAUGAUCUGAAAGGGUGCAUUCCUAGAAGCAUCGGCAAGAUGGCUAACACAUUGAAUGAGGUCAUUUUCAUGAACAAUGACCUCUCCGGAUGUCUACCGCCCGAGAUAGGCAUGCUUGGGAAAGCGACGGUCCUGAAUGUGGCAUCGAACCCGUUAGUAGGUACAUUGCCAAAGAGCUUGCAGGGCCUUUCCGCUAUCGAGCAGCUGGAUGUAUCAGGGACCAAGAUGACGGGGUUCGUUCCGGAAGGCAUUUGCCGGUUGCCCAACUUGAGGAACUUCACGUUCUCAAACAACUACUUCAAUGGCGAGGAUCAAGCUUGUGAGCCACCUUCCAGGAGAGGCAUUAUCUUGGAUGACAGAGAAAAUUGCUUGCCUGCGAGGCCAAGGCAAAGGCCUGCUAAGGCUUGUGUUCCAGUGGUGAGCAAGCCUGUCAAUUGCGGCAAAUCUAGAUGCAGCGGGCCAUCACCGUCAUGGAAUCCGAAGCCUCCGGUUUCAACAUCAUCCCCUCCCAAGCGCAAGCUGCAACCACCGCCUUCUCCGACGCCUCGUCCUCGAAAAUUGACACCACCGCCUGUUCAAUCUCCUCCUCCUCCCGUUCAUUCGCCACCACCUCCAGUACAUUCCCUGCCGCCGCCCGUAUAUUCGCCUCCGCCACCCCCCACCAAUCCAUCUCCUCCCCCAACGGUGCACUCCCCACCUCCCCCGGUCAACUCACCUCCCCCACCUGUUCGCUCUCCCCCGCCACCCCCACCCAUCCACUCACCUCCACCCCCGAUCAGGUCCCCUCCACCUCCAGUUAAGUCGCCACCGCCGCCCCCAUCAGUUUUCUCACCCCCACCGCCAGUCCAUUCGCCUCCACCACCAGUACAUUCCCCACCGCCACCUCCUGUCUUUUCUCCGCCACCACCUCCAACGCCAACAAUCAUCCUGCCCCCAGAAAUUGGCUCCCGAUAUCCCUCGCCUCCGCCUCCAGCAUUCCCCGGUUACUAAAGACAACGCUAUUCCAAGAUGACUUGUCAUUGUCCCCGACCCACUUUUUGACUCUGGCCGAGUUGGAAUUAUAUGAUCUGAAAGCGAGCGAGCAAGCAAAGCGUGCACGUUGCGCACAAACUUUUGCCAGAUGUAGCAACCUAUUGGAUUACGAUGAAGGUUCAGCACAGCUUGAAAUGUGCCCUAGGGAGGCCCUUAAGUGACCUGACCAUGGCAACGAAAACUGUACAUCUUUCGACCAGACUGAAAUUCUGAUCUUGAGCUGUGUUGUUGUUUCA